UCCCUGGCGGCGGGACUGACCCCGCGCCCGCGGAUGCGCCGGGAUCGGCCCCUGCGCCCCGCCGCACCGCCGCCGCAGGGUAGCCGCUGGGUCGUCGGUGCUUCCAGGGCGCCCCGCACGCCCGCCUGGACCAGGCUGCCCAGAUGCGGGCGCCACUCUGCCUCUUGCUGUUUGUCGCCCACGCCGUGGACAUGCUCCCCUUGAAUCGAAGGAAGAAGCAAGUGGGCACUGGUCUGGGGGGCAACUGCACAGGCUGUGUUAUCUGCUCAGAGGAGAACGGCUGCUCAACCUGCCAGCAGAGGCUCUUCCUGUUCAUCCGCCGGGAAGGCAUCCGCCAGUACGGCAAGUGUGUGCACGACUGUCCGCCCGGCUACUUCGGCGUCCGUGGCCAGGAAGUCAACAGGUGCAAAAAAUGCGGAGCCACAUGUGAAAGCUGCUUCAGCCAGGACUUCUGCAUCCAGUGCAAGAGGCGGUUUUACCUGUACAAGGGAAAGUGUCUGCCCACCUGCCCGCCAGGCACCGCGGCCCAGCAGAGCACACGGGAGUGCCAGGAGGAGUGUGAGCUGAGCCCCUGGGGCAGCUGGAGCCCUUGUACGCACAACGGGAAGACCUGCGGCUCGGCCUGGGGCCUGGAGACCCGCGUGCGGGAGGCCGGCCGGGCCGGGCGGGAGGAGGCAUCCACCUGCCAGGUGCUGUCUGAGUCAAGGAAAUGCCCCAUCCGGAGGCCCUGCCCAGGAGAGAGAAACCCCAAUCGGAAGAAGGGCCUGAGAGAGCGGCGCCCGCGCAAGGACCGGAAGCUGGAUGGCCGGGGGGACGGGAGGCCCCGGCCGGCGCCCACCUAGGCGCCCAGCCCACAGCCAGGGCGUCGGCCGCUUCGAGUUCUCUCUCGCCCCUUCACUCUCUAGCUGUUCCCCCUCCUCUCCCUUCCCUGUUCUCUUUUGCUCACUCACAUCUCCUCUCUUUUUUCUCCUGUAUUUCCUACAUUUCUGCCACCUCGGUUUUCCCUCCUUCCUACACCUCCUUUCUCCUUUUUCUUGCUUUCCUUUCAUCUUUUCCUUUCCUCCUGUUUUUCUUCACUGUGUCCCCCCCACCACCACGCACACACUAAGACAGAGACCAACUCCUGCGCACCCCGCCCCCCCAACUCCUCACUCUCUAUUCCUCCUUAAAGAAAGCGCACCUCUUUUAUUCUAGGUCUUUCCCUGACCCUCCUCAGCCCAGUUGCAGAGAAGGUGUUUCUAAGAGUGGGGCCCAGGCCACAGCCCCGGCAGGCUUGUUGAGUCCUGAGAGCCCUACUUCCACGCCAGAGGAUACUCCAGACCCCAGAGCUGUGGGUGCCUCCACUUCUAGCCAGUCCCUAGAGGCAUCUCCACAGCCCCCAGCUUCCCUGGGAAGCCCCUGGAAGAGGCUCCGCGGGUUUCCGGAUACCCCAGCUGGCCAUGGAGGAGCUGUGACGGGGCCUCUGGCCGGACAGCCAGCCUUGUGCCGAGGCCAGCCUUCUGGAAGCUUCCUGCUGCAUCCAUCAAUGCUCCCUCAGCACCCUCCCUCUCAAGGUGCCCUGGCCCCUGCUUCCCGAGUCCCUGUUCACCUAUGUCCUGCAUCCUAGCUCAUCCCAGAAAAGGCCAUGCAGGCUGAAAGGAACUUCAAGAUUCUCCAGGCCACUCCAUUUCCCCCAGCUCCUCCUGCUUGUUGUACCUCUGGGGAGACUGAGGCCGAGAAGGGACUUGUCCAAGGUCACCCAGGGAUCCCAUGGGCUGUGCCUUCCACUUGCUCACUUGCUCAGCAAACCCACAGCUGCGAGGAAGCUUUGGGAGCCUUGGGGAGGUGAGGAAUGAAGUUGUCGGGUCAGGAGUAAGGGAGGAUCCCCCUCCUCACCCACCUCACCCCUGACACCCCAGCCUGUGGCACCUCCCAACCGCCGGCCAAGGCCAUACACCAGCAGGAAGAGCAAGACAAGGCAUCUCCUCACUGCCUGUCGUUCCACCAUCAAGUGCCUCCCUCUUCCUUUGCUCUCCUAACUCCCAGAAAGUGGUGCUUCCUGCAUUGGCAUUGCCAGCAGCCAAGGCCAAGGAGAGCAUGAGACCCCAGGGCCCCAGGGUGGCCUGGGAAUGGAGGUGUCAGUGGGUGGAGGAGAGGCUGAAGGUGAUGAAGAAGGACAACCCCGCCCAGAGACAGCGCCCACCCUCAGGCUUCCCUCCACCUGGCACAGGCGGAUCCCCUAUCAUUGCCUCCAACAGACUCUGGGGGCCCUGUCCCCCAAGGCCUCAUUCUUUGUCUCCCUGAGGUCAGAGAGAGCCCCUUGCCUGGCCAGACCACUAGCUUCUCUUCUGCAAAAGUUUGUGCCUCUGAAAUGCUCUGUUGUUGUUUCAAGACCCCACUUUUUUUUUUAAUAAAGGGAAAAGAAACUC